AUUUUGCUUCAGAUAUAUUAUCAAAAAUAAAAAGCAUAGAAGAAUAUUAGCAAAUAUUUUUUACAUAGCAUUUGUGAUUACAAAAUACAGAAUAACAGAUAAAAAGAUUUUUACAAUUUAAAAAAUUUUUGAAAACUGAUAAAGAGGCAAAUUGAAUAGCAGUUGUAGCAGGAACUAUCAUAAUUUCUUGCAUGUAACUCACACUCAGCAAAUAAUCUAUAAAAAUUGUUAUAACAUACAUAGCCUGUACUUGCUUUCAGAUUGACUUUAAUAUGUAGAUAGCCCAUGGGUUAUAUGCAGGAAAUUACAAUAACUAUAAAGGAAAUCUUCUGCGGCGGUCGGCAACACUGCGCCGACCACCGUCCCCAACUUGUGUGACAUCAGAGGUCGAGGUUCACACUCUUUGGGUCGACGUGCUCAGGUCCGGACGCUCAUCCCGUUCUCUCCGACUUUUGUCUACAGGAUCGGCGUUGUUCUAACCAUCUGUACAUAGAUUUGUAAUUAUCAGUAAAUAAACUAGUGAAUACGACAUUCGGAUCCCUCUUUCAACCCUAGAAUAUAUAACUCGACGCCACGACGAUUCCGUUUGCGGAUGCGAUCGGAUUGAGCGAUCUGACUAACUUCAACUAUUUAGAGGAACCAUUAAUGGUCCCCUCACUGGUGAGCCGGACAUGACCCGACAACGUGGGAGCUCAACACCGAACCUUCCCAAGCCCAGACGCUAUUUACGGAAAUUCAGGUAGGCCUCUUUUUAUCUUCCACGCCGGUCAAGCAGCUGAACAAAGAUGGCAGAGCCCGAACCCACGGCAGAAGUGAACAGAGUGGCUCUCAAACUACCUCCAUUUUGGGACAAGACCCCAGAGUUGUGGUUCGCCAAUAUAGAGGCCCAGUUCGCCAUUUCGGGCAUCACAAAGGACAGUACCAAGUACUACUCUGUCGUGUCUGCUUUCCACUCCGAUGUCUUGAACUACGUAAGCGACAUCGUCCUCAACCCACCGGCCGAAAAUCGUUAUAAUACACUUAAGGCCAGACUGCUCGCCGAUUUCUCAGACUCGGAACAAAGGCGAAUCAAAGUGCUACUCUCAGAUAUCGCGUUGGGAGACGAAAAGCCAUCACAUUUAUUAAGAAAAAUGAGGCAGUUAGCCAACAAUAAAUUAGGGGAAGACUUUCUAAAAACCUUAUGGCUACAACGACUGCCGCAACAGACCCAAGCGAUCCUGGCAGCCUCCGACGACGGGUUAGAAAACUUGGCCAUCAUGGCCGACAAAAUAGGCGAGGUAACGCAUGCGAACGUCGACGAAGUCCAAAAAGGCCCCGAUAAUACACAAGUCCAGUUAAGCGAGCUCCAGGCACAAAUAGAAUCCCUUAGUCAGAGAAUUGAACGAUUAGCUCGGCCCCGAGACAAGUCCAGGCAAGGCAGUGGACAUUGGCGGCGGCGCUCAAAGACGCCCAAGGGAGAGGCUAGCCACCUUUGCUGGUAUCACCAAAAAUACGGGAGCGAGGCAAAACGCUGCCGCUCUCCAUGCUCUUUCCGCCAGUCGGGAAACCCAUAAGGAAAUCGCACGAAACGGCCCGGUGCGAUUUCCGACCCAAUAACAAGAGCCGUUUAUUCAUUUUCGACCCCGUUUCCAACCGUGACUACUUGGUGGAUAGCGGAAGCGAUGUGUGCGUUUUACC